AUGCAAUGGGUACACUGGAUGUCUGACUCUACCUCAUUUUGCAUCCCUCCUGAGAUGAAGUUCUCUGACAUCAUCGUGCCCACUAUUGAUAACGUGAGCUCUACACAUUUGCUCGACAUGCUUCUACUCAACCACAAACCAGUUUUGUGCGUGGGUCCAACUGGCACCGGAAAGACGUUGAGCAUCUCAUACAAACUUGUGCGAAGCAUGCCUCAAGAGUUCAUACCUGAGUUUAUAGUAUUCAGUGCCAAGACAUCUGCAAAUCAGACACAGGAUUUGAUCGACGGAAAACUAGAUAAACGACGCAAGUGCGUCUUUGGUCCACCCUUAGGCAAAUUUAUGAUCUUCUUCAUCGAUGAUCUUAACAUGCCAGCUCUAGAGGUUUACGGUGCACAGCCGCCGAUAGAACUGCUUCGUCAAUGGAUGGACUUCCAUGGCUGGUAUGAUCGCAAGACAAUCGGUGAAUUCCGAAACCUAGUAGAUGUCAAUUUUAUUGCGUCUAUGGGUCCGCCGGGUGGAGGCAGAAACCCAGUAACGCAACGCUUAACGCGACAUUUCAAUUUCGUCUCCUUCAACGAGAUGGAGGAAUCAAGCAUGCAGACUAUUUUUUGUGAGACAUUCUAA